AUUUGUUUUUGUUGUACUACCGGUUGUCUUGUGUAUGAAUUGCGUUGUAAGAGAUGGGAAAGAAAUGUUGGGUGGCUGGUUAGUAGAGAUUGCAUGCGCUCCUCGUAGUCCGGCUUCCCAAAAAAAACAUGCUUCUUAAGUUAAUUCAAGACUCAAAAUUGUCCAUAGGGUGUGAUUGGUAGUGUGGAUGGUUGUUGGUCUAUACUGGUUACACUCCGGUCCGUCACUCGCUUAAAGUCAGCUGGGGUAGGGUCCUGCUCUCGCGACCCUUGUGAGGAUAAGAGGUAUAGAAAAUGGAUGAAUGGGAAAUAAUAAAAUGGCUCUAAAUAGAUCACUUUUAUUAGUCCUACAAUCGGCAAAUUUACAGAGUCCAACUACUCGUAAAAAAAAAAUAAAAAAGAUGCACUCUGCAUAUGCCUGAGUUUUGUCUUUAAUAUAAAUGCAUUCUCUGAGAAAUCAAAACAUUUUGAAAAUUAUCGACUUUUUUUUAUUAUUUUAUUUUAUUUUUUUACUGGAACUGCAUCUGUGUCUGAUUGACAACAGAAUGUCACAUGAUUUUCGUUGACACAGGCUCUAACACUUAAAAUGUCCAUCAAUGCAUUUUCGAUCGUGUUUGUCCACAUUAGGGUUGAGAGUGAGCUAGAGCAAAACCCAUCUGACUUUUGGUCGAGAGGCGGGGAACACCCAGUAUGAGCAAUUUAGAGUCUUCAAUUAACCUAACAUACAUGUUUUUGAAAUGUGGAAGCCGGAGUACCUGGACAAAACCGACCCAAGCAUGGGGAGACAUGCAAACUCCCAACAAAGGAAGGCCCAAACUGAGAUUCGAACACACAAUCUUUCAAUUUUUAGAUUAAACCAGUGCCAAUACUCCCAGCAAAGACAUCAUGCCUGGCGAAGACAAGAUAUCUCAACAAACCCGUCAAAGGAAAAAGAACAAAAAGUCCCGGUCCAAAGGAAAGGCCCCUGGUGCAGGUCCCAAUGCAGAUCUGACUGGUACCUUGAAAGGACACGAUGAGCUCACCGUACCCCCCAUCCUUAAGCCGUUUCCAAAAAAAACAUCCGAGACGAGGACCAGAGUAGCGGUAGCCAAAGUUGAAGAGGAGUCAUCCCAAGCAAUAUGUCUGCAGGUUCUUUUUCCAUACCUGCUGGCUGGAAUGGGAAUGGUGAUGGCUGGGAUGGUGCUAGAUAAUGUACAGCACUGGGAUGUGUUCAAGGUCAUUACAGAGGUGUUUAUCCUGGUACCUGCGCUGGUUGGACUCAAAGGAAACCUGGAGAUGACCCUGGCUGCUCGCCUCUCCACUGCGGCCAAUACAGGACAAAUGGAUGACCCAAAUAAACAAUGGGCCAUGGUGUGCUGCAAUCUUGCACUAAUACAGGUUCAGGCUACUGUUGUGGGCUUCCUUGCGGCUGUUGCGGCUGUGUGUUUAGGAGCAAUUUCCAGAGGAGGGAUUGAAUUUAACCAGGCAGCUGUUCUGUGUGCGAGUAGCAUCGUCACUGCAUUUGUAGCUGCUCUCGCUUUAGGCUUGUUGAUGAUUGGAGUGAUCAUCGGGUCCAGGAAGGUAGGAAUCAACCCAGAUAAUGUGGCCACUCCUAUCGCUGCCAGUUUGGGUGAUUUGAUCACCCUUUCCCUGCUGGCUGGUGUUAGCAGUACCCUCUAUAAACAUAUAGAUACAUGGUACCUAUCCCCCUUAGUGUGUCUGGUCUUCCUGGCUCUGAUCCCACUCUGGGUUGUGGUGGCCCGCCAGAACCCUCAGAGCAGGGACGUUCUCUACUCAGGGUGGCAGCCUGUUUUAGUUGCCAUGUGUAUUAGCAGUCUUGGGGGUGUAAUCCUGGACAAGACAAUCAGUAAUUCCAAUUUUGAGGGGAUGGCUGUUUUUACACCAGUUAUAAAUGGAGUUGGUGGAAAUUUAGUAGCCAUCCAGGCCAGCAGACUGUCGACCUACUUGCACCUCUGGAGCAUCCCGGGAGUGUUGCCCUACAAGAUGAGGCAGCAUUGGCCUAAUGCCUAUAUAACAUUCUUUUCCUCAGGUUUGAACUCCAAGUCAGCACGGGUGCUGCUGAUGCUGGUCAUGCCCGGUCACCUGGUCUUCCUCUACGCAAUCUCUCUCUUGCAGGGAGAUGAGAUAACAAUCACUUUAGCCUUUGCUGCCUGCUAUUUGUGUGCUGCUCUGCUGCAGGUGGCCAUCUUACUUUAUGCGGCCGACCUCAUCGUUCGUAUGAUGUGGCGGCGUUCCCUGGACCCUGACAACUUCUCCAUCCCAUACCUGACUGCCCUUGGAGACCUGCUUGGCACCGGCUUUCUGGCCCUGUGCUACCGUGUGUCAUUGGUUCACAGUCAGCAGCUCUGAAUCUGCUCCUUUUUGUUUCCUUCUGUUACUUUGCAUACGCACAGAAGGAAAAUAUAAUAAACACAGAUGGAAGGAAGUACUACACAGGUGAAACACCUGUAUUUACAGAACAUCUAUGGAUCAUGGAAAUGGGACCUCCCUGUAUUGCAACGUUUAGAGACAUGCUUUUUCUUACAUUCAUAAGCCUUCUUCCUUCACUCUGUCUUUGACACAAAACGAGUUGGGGGUGAUACAUGGGGGUGUCCAAGUCAACACCUCUGCUGAGUUUCAUGUAUUUGACCACAUGAUGACAGCACAUCAACUGUGAGUAUGAAUUCAUCAACCUUCCUCAAUUUGUUUGGAACUCACUAAGCCGCAUAUCUGCUUGAGGUCAGAUCAUGUUGCCGGCUGAAACUCCUUUUUAAUGUUAUUUAUAUUUUGAAAAGAUUUUAAAAGAAGGGAUUAAUGGUGGCGUUUUUUUUGUCAGUCCUGUUUUUAGUGUUUGUUGCAUGAUGUUUUCACUAGAGAGUACUCUGACUCCCCCAUUGGACCACAGUGGACAGAGCAGUAAAGACAAUAUUAAACCAAACUACAUCAAUAACACCUUUUUACCUAAAAAACUCUAAAAGCAAGUGGUUUGCCUGUUUUUACUCCAAUAUGACAUCAGUCAUUUCCCAUAUGCUCAACAGCAUAAGUGAAUCUGCGUUAAUUUGUCAAGCAACUAUAAUCCAGCAAGUAAGAACCAGUUAAUGGAUUGCUAAAUCUUUGCAAAAAAUAUAUAUAGACCUCAGAAGAUAAAUAUAUAGACCUCACUGACAUCACUCACAAGUCUCUAGAUAGUAAAGAUAGAGACUAUUUUAAAAAGAAGUAAAAAGUGUUAUUUACCGCAGGGUUUGUACCAGAAACUCAUCUUAAAAGUUUUAAUAUUCUGGUUAAUUUAGACACAGACAUUCUCACAUCAAUCAAUGUUUUUAUAUAUAUAUAUAUAUAUAUAUAUAUAUAUAUAUAUAUAUAUAUAAAUCGUUUGGCUAGGUUCUAAACUGUUACUUUAUUUAUUUAACUCCAUUUAUUGUUUAACCCAGUUAGCUCAGCAUCUGUUGACUAUCUCCAUAUGGUUUCUCACAGAAAACGAAAUCAAUUAAAAAAUUCAAAACGAUGAUUUAAAAAAAAUACAUUAUGAAUGGGUCUGAGUGUCCGUGUUCUGCCAAGAAUCUACUGCAUUCUGUAACGACAAGAGGCCACCAGUAGCCAGUGCAAAAAUACCCCAAAAAACACCUGAUUGCAUACUGUACGGCGGCAUGGUCGUUAGCACAUCAACCUCACAGUUCUGAGGACCGGGGUUCAAAUCCCGGCUCCGUCGAGGGAACGCUCUGUACUGGUCGCUAGCUAAUCGCAGUACACAUACUGUAUAGACAAACAACCAUUCACACUCACAUUUACAGCUAUGGGCAAUUUAGAGUCUUCAAUUAACCUACCGAUGUGGGAGGAAACCGGAGUACCCGGAGAAAAUUGUGGUUAUUCUCCAAGCCCAACCAUGCAGCCGUCCGCAUAUAGGACAUCACUGUUACAUAUGUUUACCCUUGAUUUGUUUCGAGAGCUCUCAAAUUCCUUCUUUUUAACUGUUGUUGCUAAUCGGAGUUAAAUAAUCAAGGCAAGAAACCAUAAUAGUCUGCUAUGUGUCUCCGCAAGGCUGCGUGUGCACGGUGUGCGUGUGCAAAUGAUUGACAACACCCCUCGGUCACGCCUUCUGCCUCUACAGUCUCUCAUUGGCUAUUUUUUGUCACAUAGUGACAAGUUUUAAAACAAUAAUUGAAUUGAAUAAUUGAAUUACAUAAGAGAGGGAUGAUUUUUCUAAAGAUAAUUUUAACUAUAUUCUACUUUCAGGUCAUACAGACAGUUCUAACACGUGACAAAAAGCAUUAGUUUUUUUUACAGCAAACUGUACCUAUUUCAAUAUAGAACAAUCUAUUUUUCUAUAUACAGUAUGUAAUAUUAAAUACAUUAUUACAUUAUGAAUUAUUUGAAGUAUAACUUCUAUUUGUGAAAACUGAAAAUACAUCAUUAUCCAUCCAUUUUCUGAGCCGCUUCUCCUCACUAGGGUCGCGGGCGUGCUGGAGCCUAUCCCAGCUGUCAUCGGGCAGGAGGCGGGAUACACCCUGAACUGGUUGCCAGCCAAUCGCAGGGCACAUACAAACAAACAACCAUUCGCACUCACAUUCACACCUACGAGCAAUUUAGAGUCUCCAAUUAAUGCAUGUUUUUGGGAUGUGGGAGGAAACCGGAGUGCCCGGAGAAAACCCACGCAGGCACGGGGAGAACAUGCAAACUCCACACAGGCGGGACCGGGGAUUGAACCCCGCUCCUCAUAACUGUGAGGCUGACGCUCUAAUCAGUCUGCAACCGUGCCGCCAAAAUACAUCAUUAAUAUGAUAAAAAAAAUAUUAUAUAAGGUCUUUCUCUCUAAAUAAACCACUUACUUCUAAUAAACACCUGGUACUCUGCAGUUUAAACAGUGCUUGCCACUAUUUGAGGAAAUACUCAUUCAUUUGUUUCUUUCUUUGGCAGUUUAUAAUUAUUGUACCACUGUGUACCCUCGUGAGCACGCCCACAUGUAUUACACAUGAAUGGCCUUUUAUUACAAAUUGUACGGUACUUUGUCACCUCAGCUUGCACAUAUGUUAUGUGUACUCGCAGAAGAAUGUGUACGAUCAAAAUGUGAUGGUUACAUUGGUGGUAUUUGUGAAUUUUUGUGAUUAUAUUUCAAUAAAAACAAACAGUGGAAUUAAAAUUA